UGGGUAACUCCCUCUUGAUGAUGUCAUCACGGGAUUAACACCCACAGAAGCUUUUCAGAGUUACGGUCGAAUUUAUACCUUCAUUCUCCGUGCCAACUUUGCCAUCAUGCGUGAGAUUGUUCAUCUGCAGAUCGGACAGUGUGGGAAUCAGAUCGGCUCAAAGUUCUGGGAGGUGAUCAGUGAUGAACAUGGUAUUAACCGAGUGGGAGGAUAUGAAGGUGACAUGGACCUUCAGCUGGAGAGGGUCAAUGUUUACUUCAAUGAAGCCCAUGGUGGAAAAUACGUUCCAAGAGCUUUGCUAGUGGACCUGGAGCCGGGCACUAUGGACAGCGUGAGAAGCAGUCACAUAGGACAGCUCUUCAGACCAGACAAUUUUAUUCACGGGAAUUCUGGAGCUGGCAAUAACUGGGCUAAAGGUCACUAUACAGAGGGCGCGGAGCUGGUGGAGCAGGUUAUCGACCGUGUCCGCCAAGAAGCGGAAAGCUGCGACUGCAUGCAGGGUUUUCAGUUCGUCCACUCCCUGGGUGGCGGCACCGGUUCCGGAAUGGGUACCCUCAUCAUCAAUAAGAUCCGAGAAGAAUAUCCCGACCGCAUCAUGAAUACUUUCAGUGUAAUGCCCUCACCGAAGGUCUCGGAUACGGUGGUGGAACCCUACAACGCAACGCUAUCAGUUCACCAACUCAUCGAGAGUACAGAUGAGACGUUUUGCAUUGAUAAUGAAGCGUUGUACGACAUCUGCUUCCGUACUCUCAAGCUCACAACACCAACUUAUGGAGAUCUCAACCACCUUGUAUCCCUGACCAUGAGCGGGGUCACCACCUCCCUCCGCUUCCCGGGUCAAUUGAACGCUGACCUUCGGAAGCUGGCCGUCAACAUGGUCCCCUUCCCGCGUCUCCAUUUCUUCAUGACGGGUUUCGCACCGCUCACGGCACGCAAUAGUCAACAAUACCGUGCCCUCUCGGUGCCCGAGCUCACCCAGCAGAUGUUUGACGCCCGUAACAUGAUGACCGCCUGCGACCCUCGUCGAGGGCGCUACCUGACCGUGGCGGGCAUGUUUCGGGGCCUUAUGUCCACCAAAGAGGUCGAUGAGCAGAUGCUCGCUAUUCAACAGAAGAACAGCAACUACUUUGUGGAGUGGAUCCCACACAACGUCAAAGUGGCCGUCUGCGACAUUCCACCGCGCGGCCUGAAAAUGGCCUCGACCUUUAUCGGAAACAACACGGCCAUCCAGGAGAUUUUCAAACGCAUAGGGGAGCAGUUUGCUGUGAUGUUUCGACGCAAGGCCUUCUUGCACUGGUACACGGGGGAGGGCAUGGAUGAGAUGGAGUUUACAGAGGCGGAGAGCAACAUGAAUGAUCUGGUUUCCGAGUACCAGCAAUAUCAGGAUGCCACAGCCGACCAGGAGUGGGAAGCGGAAGAUGAAAUUACAGAAGUGGAAGGCCUGUCAGCAGCAGCGCAGAGCACCAGAGUAGAAAUACAGACCGAGGAGGUUACUGAAACUUCUGUCAGCGAAUAAGAAACGGGCUUUGGCAAUGGCUGUUUGAGGAGGGAAUUUUAUCUAGCAAACUGUGAAAUAUUUCUUAUCUCCAGGAGAACAGAUGUUAAAGUAUACAAUGGUAUAGAUAUACUUUAAGAUGUCAGUGCAAACUGCUCAAGCAUGCAUUUUAGUUUGGGACUAGAUGGGAAACCGCCCCAAAGUGUUUAAAUAUGAAAAUAUUUUAAAACUUAAUUUAGACAAUAAUUUAAAUCACUAGGUAAAAUGCUUUUUCAGCACUAUUUUUAUCUUAUGUCUAUCAACAUUAUACUUGAGUUUGUGUAGUGCUGAGAGCUAUUUUAUUUAUGCUUGUUUUUUUAAGUAAAUAUGUGUAAUUGAUCUUUUAUGAAUUUCCUUUCUGUAUUAAACUAUAAUAUUGGUUUCAAAGUAAGUACACAUGCAAUAUCAAGUACUGUGUUGGCUAUGCUAUCUGCUAGCAGUUUUACAAAUGUAACAUGCGCUUAAUUUUUGUUUUCAGACUUUCUUAUGGUGUAACAGUGUUUAAGUCAAUAAAAUACAAUUUCAAGAACCACUGAAAACUGUUGUCUAAAUGACAUUUCCAGUGCAAAACUA